ACUUCAUGUCCAUUCACUGUCAGUUUUUUUCUCUCAUCAUGUCUCCUGCCAUAGAUUCAUCACAGGCCCACAUUUGCACAGAAAUGAACAAAUGAAUGAAACAUAUCCAACCCUUGUUGUUGACCUGUCUUUGUCCUUCACCAGAGCACUCAAACUACUUUGGGACAGAUGAUAAACUGGGUCCUGUGGCGGUGAGCAUCCGCAGGGAGAAACUGGAAGACACCAAAGACCUGAAAGACCAGUACCAGUACCGCCUUGUGGUCAGAACCAGCGAGUUGAUUACGCUACGAGGCUCCAUCUUAGAGGACACGGUGGCUACUACGGGUAGACACGGAACAGUGCGGGGUCUGCCGCUCAAAGAAGUCCUGGACCAGGUAGUCCCCGAGCUCAAUGUGUCCUGUCUGAGACUGGCAGUCAGCACUCCCAAAGUCACAGAGCAGCUCCUGAAACUGGAUGAACAGGGGUUAAGUCAGAAGCACAAGGUGGGUGUUCUGCUGUGCCGUGCAGGCCAGAGCACAGAGGAAGAGAUGUACAACAACGAGGAGGCAUCGCCAGCCUUCUCUGCCUUCCUCGAGCUGUUGGGGGAGCAGGUGGUUCUCAAAGGAUUCAACAAAUACGCUGCACAGCUCGACACAAAGACGGACUCGACAGGCACCCACUCCCUUUACACAACCUACCAGGGCUAUGAGGUCAUGUUCCACGUGUCCACCAUGCUCCCGUACAUGCCCAGCAACCCACAGCAGCUCUUGAGGAAGAGGCACAUAGGGAACGACAUUGUCACCAUAAUCUUCCAGGAGCCUGGAGCGUUGCCUUUCACCCCUCAGAAUAUCCGUUCACACUUCCAGCAUGUCUUCGUUAUUGUGCGUGUGCACAGCCCCUGCUCUGACCACACCUGUUACAGUGUUGCUGUGACGAGGAUGAAGGACGUGCCUCCGUUUGGCCCAUCCAUCCCCAUUGGCGUAACCUUCCGUGACCCAGAAACCUUUCGUAAUUUCCUCCUUGCCAAAGUCAUCAAUGCAGAAAACGCAGCGCACAAGUCGGAGAAGUUUCACACCAUGGCGACACGAACGCGGCAGGAGUACCUGCGUGACUUGGCCGAGAACUACGUCAGCAGCACACCGCUCGACUCAUCCGGGAAGCUUAACAACCUCAUCUCACUCGCAUCCAAAAAGCGCGAGCGUUCCAAAGCAAGGGAGGGGGCAGAGCUGGGAGCUGCAGGUGCCGUCGCCUGGAGGGUGCAGGCUCAGGACUUUAGUGGAGGUGGGACGGAGCUCCCAUGUGCCUUAGGCUUGUCAGCUGAAUACGUCCUCCUCACUGACUGUUCCACCAAAGAGGUGGUGUUUAACUGUUUCUGUGCGGACGUGAUCGGCUGGACACCGGAGCGUCUCGCACUAAAAAUCUUUUAUGGUAGAGGAGACCACAUUGCUGUGAGGGUACCGGAGGGCUGUGCGCAGGACAUCAGGGAAAUGGUUCAGAGGUUGAAGUCGUUGACGGUUGGAUGUGAGACGGUGGAUAUGACUCUGAGAAGAAAUGGACUGGGACAACUGGGCUUCCAUGUUCGCCUGGAUGGCACCGUGGCUGAGGUGGAGGAGUAUGGCUUUGCCUGGCAGGCAGGACUGAGGCAAGGCAGCCGUUUGGUGGAGAUCUGCAAGGUGGCCGCGGUGACGUUGACUCACGAGCAGAUGAUCGACCUGCUGAGGACUUCAGUCACAGUCAAAGUGGUCAUCAUCCCUCCGUACGAAGAGGGUGGGCCUCGCAGGGGCUGCACAGAGGAGUAUGAGAUGAAGACCAUCGAGCAGAAGUCAGAGCCAGAGCCUCUGGCAGCGGGCUACCGACCCUCUCCUCGUCCAACGUGGAGAUGGGACAGCCCACCUAUUCCUUCAGGGCUCCAAAGUGCACCGAACUCUCAGCGCUGGGCCCCCAUGGGACCCCCUCCACCUCCACUGCCCCGCUCACACAAAACCUUAAUGCCAGUUCCUUACAGAGAGCCACAGCACCUCAACUCUAAGAGGCCAGUGAGCUACCCAGAGAACCAUUACACUCUGUCUCCUGCAGGGGGCGAUAGAGGGCUACCCUACAGAAACCCCUCAGCCAGCUUCUCCUCGCCCUCCUCUGGCCUUGUCGGCCUCUCCGCGAUGGGCGUGCCUGGAAUCACACCGGGACCUUUCGUACGCUACAAACACUCCCCCGACAGAUUUGGAACAGGACAGCGCCCCCUGCUGCCUUAUGAGCCCCACCUCAGCGUGGACAUCAACUCCAGUGGGGAGUCUUCUUCAGGCUUCACCAGCCAAGAGAGCACCAUGGAGCGCGGCAAAACAGAACCCCUCUGGCAUGUCCCAGCAUCGUCGUCACGGGGACCAGGUGUUGGCGUGGGACAGAGGAGAAUACCCAGACAAGAUGUCCCAGGGAAAGACUCUCCAAACAGACACUCAAAGGGUGAGACUCAGUACUCUAGUCACUCCAGCAGUAACACUCUGUCCAGUAACGCCUCCAGCAGCCACAGCGAUGAGCGAUGGUUUGAUGGAGGAGCUGGAGGAGAGCGAGGAGGAGGCGGGGGUGACCCAUCUGAUGCUGACCCCGACCUUCUCAACAAGGGAGGGUCCAACGACAGCGGCAUUGACGCCUCGACCCACUACACCAACUCCCGCCAUGCAAACAUGUCCAACAACCAGGCUCUCAAGCCCUUACACUGCUCUGCGACCUACAGUGGCGUGCAGGAGUUGUCUGUGGGACGGAGCAGCGGCGGGGGAGAAGCAAGGAGACGAGAGUCUUCACCCAUCAUACCGGCCGAAGCAAACCAGAACAAAGGGUACCGGACAAGGACAUUCCCACCUCCUGGGUCCAGUGCUGAAAAAAUGGAUGCUUUCAAACCCAGGGCCUACACACCGCAGGGUUACAAAACUCCAACGGCAGAGAAAGCAAGACAUGUCCGAGCUGCGACAGCGACGCCCACUUCGGCUCAGUUAAGCGCCAUUCCUCUGUCAAGCUCCGCCCCCAAGGCCUUAUACGGGAAGGGCAGACAAACCACCUGGCAGACUGAAGACGGCAGCCCGUCGAACACAACCACAGCAUCUGCCUCUUUAAGCAGCAACAGCAAGAAGCAGGUGGAUACAAAUUCAAAGAACGUGUUUGGACAACCUCGACUCCGAGCCUCACUGAGGGACCUGCGCUCUCCGCGGCGGACUUAUAAGAGCACCAUCGAAGACGACCUGAAGAAACUGAUCAUCAUGGACAACCCGGGAGAGAUGCCACAAAGAGAUCCAUCUCCCAGACGAGCUUUACAGCGCACAUUUUCAGACGAGUCGCUGUGCAGUGGACGCAGAGACGCCAGCUUCGCCAACUCCGAGAACCAAAUGACCGCGACUGAUGUACUGUUCACCUGCACUCUGCCCACGCGCAGACACGGCUCCAACUCUUCCAACCACUUGCAGAGCAAGAAGGGUUUGUUCACAGACUGCAACUCUUGUCCUCAACUGUCCCCAGCGCCUCUGUCUGCGUCCGAGCUGUCUCUCACUGAAGUCAGGGACAAAGUUCCCCCACUGAGGAGGCUCGAUCCUGGACUGAUGCCUCUUCCUGACACAGCCUGUGGACUGGAGUGGUCCAGCCUGGUCAGUGCUGCUAAAGCCUAUGAAGCACAAAGGGCAGUUUCCCUGUUCUCACUGACUGAGCCACAGGGUGGAGGACCUGACAUGAGAGCAGUUGUAAGCCCAGUUCAGUUCCAGACUCCGCAGACACCGCGGACCACUCCCACCUUCAGCUGUGACGAGGUGCCCAAUGAUUUGUCUGGUCGGCUCUACCACCUGGAAGUCAUGUUAAAACAGCUGAAUACUGAUCUGGAGAGGGAGAAGAAGGAUAAAGUGGUUCUGCUGGCAGAGAUGGCCAACCUGAGACAGAACAACCAGCGGCUGCAGGAGGAAAGUGUGACGGCCAGUGAGCAGCUGCGUAAGUUCAACACGUUUUUCAACACCCUCAGCAAGACGGGGAGUGACGACGAGGCUCACUCCUUAACUCAUGAUCCUGACGGAAAGAGGGAUUGAGCCACAGAUGUAGGAGAAGGAGAAGAGAGUGAUAAUCUGAGAGGAGGUCACAGUGAUGACCCCUCGCUCAGCCUCCAGUGGACUGACUGCCUUAAACCAGAGAGUAAGAAAAAGACUUAUUUUUAAAUCCAACCCUCCCAGAACGUCUCAGCGAGCCUGUGCACACAUGAAGCAGACGCCCUUCACUGUCUUCUCUCUGAGCCUGUUUAUUUUUAUAAUUCAAGCUUAUCUACAGUACUUGUGUAUGAAUAUGCUGUAUGUGCUACUAUGCUGGAGUAGCGACUAGGAGAAGAGGACCUGACUGUUUUUGAGAAUACUAAAAUCACCUGGAGAGGCCUAAUACUGUUCCUGCAGCAAAUCAGCCAAAAAAGAGGAAAGAGAAGAUGGAAAAAAGACAGACUGCAUCUCCCAGAAUGCACUAGGAGUAAUGGAAGCUCUACAGACAUGGUACUGUAGAUAGAUGCCUGUGUGGUACAAUUGUCAUGUAUCAGUAUAAAGAGGUGAGUGUGUGUGUGUGUGUGUGUGUGUGUGUGAGUGACUGAUGGUACAGUGAAUAAUCUGAUGCAUUUCUGCACAAACGCUGCUUGUGCUCCAGACUCGAUGUGUGCUUGUGUGAAAGAUCGACGGCCGGUUAUUGAACAAAUGAGUCCGCUGUCAUACGAAACCCGCGGGCCACGAAGUUCUUUCCUCUCCGUUGGUUUACGUGGACGAGCCGCGGCCCGGUUGAUGUGAAACCAGCCAUCAGCUGUCCAUGUGUUUGAAUUUGACUUCUCGCUGUUUUCUUCCAUUUGUCUCAGAUCAGAUCAUCUCCGCUCUCGUCAAACUGGCUUUGUGUUUUAACCUUUUUAACAGUUUAGUGUUGUUGGAUCAUCUUUUCUUUACAAACGUUUCGCUUUCCUGUCGUGUCCGAUUUUAAGCAGCCCGUUUGUCAGCAAACCGCUCCCUAACGCAUAGAUUUGGUCGUGACGCGACAUAUCAUGGUCUUAAGUAUCAGUAUAAUGAAAGCUGAACGUCUUCCCUUAUCUUUACAAAAAGACAAAUUGAUUCAUCCAAAGGUUUCAUUCACAUGUUGGCAAAAGUAAAGUAUGGCAAAUUAAUAAGUACUAGCAUUUAUCAUUAAAAACUUUAAAAUGUGACCAUUCUCAGGCAACUUUUGUGGUUAAAAGGAACUUGUUUUUGCUUCUUUUUUUUCUUUUCUUUUUUUUUAAACAUUGGGUACAAUAGCAUCCUUGGAACUGCACUGAAUCUAAACAAAAUGUGUGUGCUGUUUCUGUGUGAACAUACUGACGAAGGAACCCAAACUACAGUAUAAACCAAAUAAGGGUUUUGGACAAACCAUGAGUGGAAUCGAUUUUAAAAAUUUCAGAACGAAAGCGAACAAAGUGCAUUUUUCAAAACUAUUCCUGUGACUGUACUCGUCAAAAUGAAGCUGUGUCACCUGUGAUGUGUUUGUAGAAAAAAAAAACUCAAACAUUUACUGUACAUGAGUCUUGCCAGACAACACUGAAGCUUCUUCAUAUCAGAGCGCCUGUGUCUGUGUCUGUGUGUGUGUGUGUGUGUGUGUGCGCGCAUGUGUGUGUGUGUGUGCGCGCGAUGAACCCAAAAUGACAGAAACUACUGCUCGCUCGCUUAACAAUAUUGUCUACUAUAUCUAUUUUUCAUACAGAGAUGUGUGUCGGUGUGUUUUUGAUGCUGGUACUGAAUGGACCUGGCGUCCCCCUGCAGAGGACGAGUCGUACGUUUCGUUCUGGGGAAUAAAAAUUUUACUAAAUUUGCGUCUCCUGCUCGGCUGCGGUGUACGCUGAAGCAGCUCCUUCUCACUUCCUCCUCGUCCCGAACUGGAACUGUCCGCUCACUCUCAGGUUUCUCUAUAUGCUGUUAGUAAUAUACGUACACUAUACCGUGGACAAGGACCUUGACCUUGAGUUUCUGCCAUUGUUUCAGUUCAUUGCAGGCAAAUCGAUUUGCAGUGAAUUCAGUUUAACAGAUUUUCCAUGAAAUUAAGUUUAUUAUGAACUCCUGUUCCUAAAUAAAUUAAUCACUGACAGAAACACGGAUACAAAAACCACUCCUGCUUCUGUGUCACCACCUCCUUUUUCUCCUGCAGCCAGUUUUUACAGCAUCUUGUUGGGCUGUUGUAACUUUGAUACCAGUGAUGUUUAUAAAUAUAUAUAUAUACAUACAUAUAUAUAUAUAUAUAUAUAUAUAUAUAUUCACAUGAUACUAUACGUCUUAUACAGUCUGUUGUUAAUAAAUUCAGGCUUUUACAGGGUUCAGAAAGCUUCCAUGUUUGUUCCAGUUUUCAGGAUUGGAUGUUAAAGUGAAAUCAGGCUCCACGUGACACUCCUGUUAUUCCUCCCGAUGGAAAUCUUUCUCUCACGCAGCUUCGCUGGUGUAGCUGUGACUUUUUUUGUUGUUGGUAUCUGCAAGUCUUAAUCUUUAGUUUGCUUAUGUAAAAGAGGCAAGGUUUCUUUUUAUACAUAUACAUAUAUAUAUAUAUAAGUUUUGUUCAUGUUCUGUAUAAUUUUUAAGCUAUUUAUCGCGUACACAACAACAUCCUGUUGAGCAAAUCAAUAAUGCAUUAUUAAGGUUAAUGGUAAUAUUGUAUAACGAUGUUUGUUUUUAGAUGUUAAAUAUUUUGAUAAUUUAUUUUUUAACACAUUGGCCGCUGUUGCAGACAGUCGUGAAGAUGAGAGGGUACUGUGUGUGUGUGUGUGUGUGUGUGUGUGUGUGUGUGUGUUUUCAUUUGUGUUUUUUUGACGUCGUUCUACUUCUGAUUUCUGUACAAAGUAAAUUUGUAUGAUUCUCUUUUUUUUUUUAUUUUCCGACAUCAUCUUUACUCUCUGUGCAUUGACAGUAACGUUUGGUUGAACCUUUUGUUUGUUUGUUUUUUGGGUUGUAAUAACUUGUACAUUUAAAAGUGUAAAUUAUGUUUUCAUUAUUUUAUUAAAAAAAAAUAUAUCGAAGAUGAUUUGCAGAUGUUCAUUUGUUCAAAUGAGACAUUUAAACAUAGUUUCAGUUGAAAAUCAAAUAUUGCCAUUGCAAUGCUUAACAACUGUUUGGACUGAUCUUAAUUUUCAUUUUAAUGAUAAAAAGGUUACAAUUUGACAUUCACUGGCAAAAUACUCCAAGAUGGUGACUUUUGGCACCACUGUAUAUCUUCUUAAUGCUGUUUUAUUAUCGUUCCUGCAGAGAUUUUGAUUUGAAUAUUUGAUCUGGUCAAAUUGUGAUUUUGAGAUGAAUUAUCCAGCCUUAGUUGGGACUUAAACACAUGAUAUUUGAAGCUAAGUCUGUGUGAUAUGGCCACAAAUGUCAUGAUUCAAAUCAGUCUAAUAAUUAUUGUAAUAUGAGAUGGAUAAAGAUUUAGUUUUGCUUCUGACUCCAUUUGUGUCUUAAACUGUGUUUGCACAAUGAAGAUGACGGUGAUUUUUAAUUGAACCUUUGUUAUAUUGUUACUGUAGAAAAUUCUAUUACUGACUUAUGGUCACAGUUUAUAAUAACUACACAUUAUGUAACAGUAAGUGACUGGAUUAAUCAUUCAUUACAGUAAUAAACUGUUUAUAAAGCA